CCCCUUGUUCUCACAUGUGCUCCGCCCGCCUCUGCUGAUUGGAUCUAAAGGUACCCCCGGCUACCACGAGCGCGUGUGUGUGUGCACGCGCGCGCGUGCGCGUGUGUUUCUCUCAUAAGAAACGCCCACCCACAUGACCGGUAAAGUCAGUUCAAACUGAAAAACACGCCGCCUGCACUCAGACUAUUCAGGAGACGUCGAUGUGGGGAGCAGGGGAGCAGAGUAGGAGCCGUUACCUCUUGACUGAGAUACACAUUUUGUUUUGUUUAGAGCAACACAAGUAUGAAGACAGAUUGCACCAGUUUACAACUUCCCAUGAUUGAGUCUUGACAUUUUUUUCCCUCCAUCCUGAGCUCUUCCACUCAUCGAGACGCGUCUCGGAAUCGGCCGAGUGCGCUUCACUGGAUGCUUUUGGGGCGGACAGGUGGCGCGAGCUGCGGUUGUCCUAAUUUGUUAUUAAGGGCAAGACGCAGGCGGCACGUUAAGCAUUUAAUACCCGCCUUCAAGGUGGGAGAGGUUGGGGACGAGGCUGCGCAAUUUGUCCUCCCUUCGUUAAAGCAAGGGAGCUGGGAUGCCAGUUGCAGACAGCAACAUGGUCGUAGACAGCAGCCACGGGGGUUAUGAGGGUAAAGCCCCAAACGGUGCCGGGAGUGACAGCAUCCUCCCGGCCUCGUGCAGUCCUGCGGCGGAAAUGCUGAAGAACUUUUACCACACCAAACGGGUCGGGAACUAUCUGAUCGGGAGGAAGCUGGGAGAAGGCUCGUUCGCCAAAGUUAGAGAAGGUCUCCAUGCGCUGACUGGGGAGAAGGUGGCGGUGAAGGUAAUCGACAAGCGGAAGGCCAAGAAAGACUCGUACGUGACCAAGAACCUGCGGAGGGAAGGCAACAUCCAGCAGAUGAUCCGCCACCCCAACAUCACGCAGCUGCUGGACAUCCUGGAGACGGACAACAGCUACUACCUGGUGAUGGAGCUGUGCCCCGGAGGGAACCUCAUGAACCGCAUCUACGACCAGAAACGCCUGGACGAGCGGGAGACUCAGAAGUACAUCCGGCAGUUGGUGCUGGCCGUUGAACACCUGCACAGAGCAGGAGUAGUGCACAGGGAUCUGAAGAUAGAAAACCUCCUGUUGGAUGAGCAGAACAACAUAAAGCUCAUAGAUUUCGGCCUCAGUAACUGCGCCGGUAUCUUGGGAUACUCUGACCCGUUCAGCACCCAGUGUGGAAGUCCAGCCUACGCCGCCCCAGAGCUGCUCGCCAGGAAGAAGUACGGGCCCAAGGUGGACGUCUGGUCCAUCGGUGUGAACAUGUACGCCAUGUUGACCGGGAACCUGCCGUUCACCGUGGAGCCCUUCAGCCUCCGAGCCCUCCACCAGAAGAUGGUGGACAAGGAGAUGAACCCUCUACCUCCCUCACUCUCCUCAGCUGCUAUCUGUCUUCUGAAGAAGCUUCUUGAGCCAGAUCCCAACAAGCGUCCCAACAUCCAUCAGGUGAUGGCUGAUUCCUGGCUACAGCUGGCCAACAGGAACACUGGGGCACCGUACCUCAACAGGAUUCACAUUGAGGAGAUAAACCACACGGUGUUGCUGCACAUGACGGAGAAGAUGGCCUACAAGCACAGCGAGGUGCUGGGCGCCGUCCUCACCAACCGGGCCUGCCACACGCUGGCCGUCUACUUCCUCCUCAACAAGAAGAUGAAGAGACUCUCUAAAGAGUACAGGGAGAUGCAGUUCCAAGAAAAAAAGAAAGGCGAGAAGCAGAAAUGCGAAUUCUACCAGACCCAGUGGCGGAAGCACGUGGACAAGCUCACCAUCCCCCCCAAGCAGACGCCCGUCUACCUGGCUGUUGCCAAGGGGCCCAGCAAGGAGAAGAAACACCGAACAGGUCUGUUGCGGGCCAUAACUGGGGGUCAUCGUAAUUCCCCUCUAGCGCCGCCGGGCACCGUCGCCUCUUCCUCCAUGGAGUACCUGGAGAUCCAACCCGUCUACUCCAACACCCCGAAGCAACGGCGGCGCUUGGCCACGCUGCCGCAAGUCAACACGAGCCCAGAACACAACAUCCCGGCCCCGCCGGCGCCGUCGCCGAUCGGCAUGCACUCCUACGACUCGCUCUCCAAAGCGGAGCAAGUCGAAGACGCCCCCGCCUCCGCCUCCUCGCCCUGGUACAAGCUGACCAACGGGACCCUGUCGCCGCCGCGCCACGUCUCCGCCUUCCAGCCCGACUCUUCGUACCUGAAGAAGGCGACGGUCCCCAGUCCCCCCGUGCUCAUCGUCAACCCGCAGCCCAAGAAGAGCGCGUCGUCGGACUGGGGCGGUUCCUCCGACACCAGCGGCAGCCCUCCCAGCACGAUGGGAAGCCCCCCGGGCGGCUCGGCGUUCAGCCCUCCCAAGUCGGCCUUCAGCCCCCUCAAACCCACCUCGGCGUUCAGCACUCCUUCCAGCAGCAGCGACCCCGACAGCCCGACGCACCGCAGCAAGUUCCCGUCCAUGGGAAUCGGACUGCUGCUCAAGAAGAAGGUCCGGCUGCAGCGGUUCUCUUUCCGGCCGGAGCAGGUCCUCGAGGAAGUGGUGUCCCCGCCGCCUUACCCCAUGCAAACGCAUCUCUGUGCUUCCGGCGCACUCAAGACCCUCUGCUGAGGGACGCGCGAGAAGAAAGGAACAGACGAGACUGAACUCAAGUGCCCACUCGACAUUUUCUUGAAGCUGAAGAGGUCUUCCAGAGCGGCCUUUUGAACUGUUCCUUUAAUGCGACUGAGCCACUUUUCAGCCACUUAACAGACCUGGUCAUAAAAGAAAAAAAGAGUUUACAAUAUUGUAUCUCUAGUCAGCGCUCUCAUUAUGUAAUAAGAGGUGGUGACGCUGAGAGGAUGAGAUUUUAAACGGAUCCCUGAGCAGUCACUAAACCUAGCUGUGGCCUAGAUGCAGAGUGGACAUGGGACAUCAUGUAAGACACACACACACACUGUAUUAUAAACUGAGUUAAGACGUAUUCUCUUAUGUAAUAUUGCUGUAACUGGUUACUAAUUGAGGCGCAGACUGAUUCACACCAGCGAACAGAUCCCAACUCUUACCCCUGACCCUGUUGUACGUGUGUAAAUGUUUCGUCUCUCGUUAAAACGGCCUCUUGAGAGGUUCCCACUGACUUCCAGCCAGCUGGCACUGGAAGAAGAAGCUCACUGCACUAUUCUUUAAUAAAUAAAUAAAAUACAUAAAUAAAAACCUGUA